AUGAUGCGGCUCGGUCAAUUGCAACGGCCAUUACAAGCCGUUGCUGUGGCGGGCUCUUGCCGACCAACCCUCGCCACAUUCGCCCUGCCGUCCCGGCCAGCAGUGCAGGCGACGCCGGCGCAAGCGCACCCGUCAGAUGGCGGCGUGGAAGGGAGGAGGUAUGCCAGUGUCAAGUCCCAGGGAGCAUACAGGAUACCAAACAAGAAGACGAUAGCCAAGAAGCUGGGCGCAAAGAAGAGCGGUGACCAACAUGUCAUCCCCGGGAACAUCAUCUUCAAACAGCGAGGCACAAUGUGGCACCCCGGCGAGAAUGCCCUCAAGGGCCGUGACCACACAAUCCAUGCCGCCGUCGAGGGCUACGUGAAGUAUUACCGCGAUCCCCAACUACACGCGACAAGACAAUACAUCGGCGUCGCAUUCAACCGAGACGACACCCUCCCCUACCCGAAGGACGCACCCCGGCGGCGCAAGCUCGGCAUGGUGGCCGUACCGCGCAAGGUCCACGAGAAGAAGGACGCCAUCUCCGCGAGCGGUAUUCCAAGACGAGUCGUGCGGCAGGCUGGAAUAUUCGACAUCGAGGCCCUGGAGCAGCGACUCUGGUCGCGGGACAAGGCACGCGAACUAGAGGAAGCCAGGAAGGCGGCAGCAUCAUCAGCAACCGCGUCCGGGGCAAACGCAGCAGCCGAGGCAGCCGCGGCCGCCGGGGAGACGGAGCCGACGCCCAUAACGGGCGCGGAGGAGGGCAAGGCGGAGGCGGGCGCCGCCAAGGGGAAGAAGCGGACGCGGUCGCAGCAGCGGCGGCUGGUGCACCCGCUGGCGUUCAUCCAGAAGCGGUGGCUGGAGCGGCGGCGGACGCGGACGCUGCACCUGAACCCGCGCAGCUACAGCUACACCGAGACCAACGCGGCGAUCGGGCGGCUGGCGUCGCGGACCAUGUACACGCCGCCGUGGAAGCUGGGCGGGCGCAAGGCGCGGUUCAGGGCCCGCCGGGGCCGCCGCGAGGAGCGCAUCAAGCAGAUCGCCGCGAACCGCAAGCUGGUCAAGGCCGAGAAGGAGAAGGAGCGCAUCGCUGAGGAGGCCAAGAGGGCGCGCAUGCUUGCUAAGCAGAGGGCUAAGGGCCAGGGGCGCACGCAGAAGGAGGGGGUGAAGGAGGGGCCUAAGGAAGGGGAGAACGGCGGUGGGAAGGAGGGUGAGAAGAAGGUCGAUGCGUGA